UCGUGCUUCGUUAUACUACUCACACCACUGAGUUCACCUACAAGCUAGGAACUCUAACAUCCUCUUACUCUUUUUCCUUCAAGUCACCAAGAUAAUGGCAAGCAUUUCUAGCAUUCCAUCACACAUAAAAACUUGGGUUUAUUCUGAAUAUGGGAACACAGAAGAGAUUCUAAAAUUUGAUCCCAACGUACCUAUACCAGACAUCAAGGAAGACCAGGUGCUCAUCAAGGUUGUGGCUACAGCUCUUAAUCCUGUGGAUUAUAAGAGGGCUCUUGGCUAUUUCAAGAACACUGACUCUCCCUUACCUAGUGUUCCGGGGUACGAUGUUGCUGGUGUGGUGGUAAGAGUGGGAAGUAAAGUGAGGAAAUUCAAGGUUGGGGAUGAGGUUUAUGGUGAUAUCAAUGAGUAUGCUGUGAAUAAUCCAAAGACCAUUGGGACUUUGGCAGAGUACACUGCUACUGAAGAGAAAUUGUUGGCUCACAAACCCUCCAAUUUGAGCUUUAUUGAAGCUGCUAGCCUUCCUUUAGCUAUCAUCACUGCUUAUCAAGGACUUGAAAGAGUUGAUUUUUCUGCUGGAAAAUCUAUACUUGUUCUAGGAGGUGCUGGUGGAGUUGGAUCCCUUGUUAUUCAGCUCGCCAAGCACGUUUUUGGCGCAUCCAAGGUUGCAGCUACUGCUAGUUCCGCAAAACUGGAUUUAUUAAGGAACUUGGGAGCAGACUUUCCUAUUGAUUACACAAAGGAGAAUUUUGAAGAGCUUGCAGAGAAGUUUGAUGUAGUGUACGAUACAAUAGGGCAGAGUGACAAGGCAUUGAAGGCUAUCAAAGAAGGGGGGAAAGUUGUGACAAUAGCACCACCAGCAACUCCACCUGCUAUCCCAUUCUUUCUCACUUCAGAUGGUGCUGUGUUGGAGAAGUUACAACCUCACUUAGAAAGUGGGAAGGUGAAGCCAGUAUUGGAUCCUAAGAGUCCCUUUCCAUUUUCUCAGAUUGUGGAAGCAUAUUCAUACUUGAAGACAAAUAGAGCCAUUGGGAAAGUAGUCAUACAUCCCAUCCCUUGAACAUAUAUAACUAUGCAAAUAUACUAUCAAGUCCUGUUGUGCAUUCUGACCUUAAUUUGUGUUAAUAAGGUUAAUAUUUAUAUGAUUGAUAAGGAGAGAGCACAAAUGUUUCUAAUAUAAUUAUGUCAAUAUUGCAGUCAUAUGUAAAUUGGUAAUAACUAAUAAAGCUCUUAUUAUAUGUAUAAAUGUAAUAUUAAAAAAACAAAAGUAUAGAUGUAUUUAUUAUUUGUUACACUUUCAUAUUUAA